AUGCCGGCGACAGAGAAUACGUCACACGAGUCUGACUCUUCAACCGCGAAUGAUUCACCUCAAAAACCCAACAAAAGCUCCAAGAUGAAUCAAAAGAAACUAUCGCCUCAAAAACCUCUCACAAGACAAGACCAAGGAUGGCGACGUGUCGUCCGAAACUUCACCCCCUCAUGGUUCUCCGUAACGAUGGGCACAGGCAUUGUGUCUAUCCUGCUACAUAACCUACCAUACAACGGAGUUUGGAUCUAUUGGAUUUCUGUCAUCAUCUUCGCUCUCAACGUUCUCCUGUUCAGCAUGGGGUGUAUCAUGAGCAUUCUACGAUACACGCUGUAUCCGGAAAUCUUUCGGGUGAUGAUCACACAUCCAGUGCAAUCAAUGUUCAUCGGAACAUUCCCUAUGGGGCUGGCCACGAUUGUUAACAUGUUUGUUUUCGUGUGUGUCCCGGUCUGGGGGAAGUGGACGCGGUAUUUCGUAUGGGGAUUGUGGAUUUUUGAUGCGGUGAUUUCGGUGAUGACUGCAUUGUCUUUACCAUUUGUCCUGAUGGCUCGUGGAAGUGAGACCCAUCUGUCGUCGAUGACAGCUGUCUGGCUGCUUCCCAUUGUCAGCUGCAUCGUGGCUGCCUCUUCCGGUGCCAUAGUGGCCGAGGUAUUGCCCAACGAUCAGUACGCACUAUGGACUGUGCUGGCGAGCUAUGUGUUAUGGGGAAUUGGCCUUCCACUGGCCAUGAUGGUCAUGGUGAUCUACCUGCAGCGUUUGACACUACAUAAAUUGCCAUCCAAAGCAGUCAUAGUCUCCGUCUUUUUGCCUCUAGGCCCGCUGGGACAAGGCGGAUAUGGAGCGAUGAAGUUGGGUCAAUGUGCUCGAGAGAUCUUCCCCAAGACGCACACCCUCGAGCAAGCCUCGGGUCCGACGUUCUACACACUCGGAUUUCUUAUCGCUUUGAUUCUCUGGUCCUUUGGGUUGGUCUGGUUAUUCUUCGCAUUGGCCUCGAUCGUGCGAUCCAAGAAUUUUCCAUUCAAUAUUGGAUGGUGGGGCUUUACAUUCCCGCUGGGGGUCUUUGCGUCUAGCACUGUUCAGAUGGGAACGGAGCUGCCCUCGAGGUUUUUCAGUGUUGUUGGGACGAUUAUUUCCCUUCUCGUGGUCAUUAUCUGGAUUAUGGUGAGUGUCGGUACUCUUCGAGGUGUCGUGUCCGGGAAGCUCUUUGUUGCUCCCUGUCUAGGGGACCUUCGGGUGGUAGAGGAAGACAAGGAUAUCGGAAAGGCAGCAUAA